AUGUGCAUGGCCAAACCAAGGCACAUUUACAAUAAAGAAUACAGGGCUACUAUUGACAUUUUGAUGCUACCACACGACGUUAUGGUUGAUAAUUUAAAGAUUGGUGAUAUUCAACAGAUGGUUUUCGAUAAAGAAGAACUAGAGAAGGCUAAAUAUAACAAUAUAAGUUGUCCAACUGCAAGCUAUAACCCAUACAGUGAUUAUAGUGAUUCAGAUUCAGAAUCAGAGUUGGAACUUGAGCCAUCAUAUGGUACGGCUGGUUUCCAAAAGAACGAAAAAUCAGAUUUACUCCCAUUACCAGUGACUAUGAAGAAACCAACCAAGGAAAAGAUGACUAUGGUCUCAAAGAUACUAUUAGUACUUAUUGGGCUCAUGCUUAUGAGUUUGAUAAUCCAUUUCACAAGUGAUUAUACGAUGUUGAAGAUGAAUGAAAUGGAAGUAAACGAAUCAUCAGUUGAGGAAGUGGAAUACAAAUACACAGAGAAGUUGGAUCAGCUAUACAAAGACUUCCACAUAUAA